AUGAUUUAGAUUGUGCUGAGGUUUUGACCACAAGAUCUCCACAGCCCAUGAUCAAUUGGGGGAAAAGGCAUUAAAUACAGGCAAGAGUGGCAGGAAAUCUGGGCUUCAGCUGAAAAGUAGGACUCUUUUUGGACUCUCCUACUGCAUUGUAUACAGAGUAGACCUCACCUUCUCACUUUUCCUCACUCCUGGAGGAUCACACUGACUGAAGAGACUGUCUUGGGUCAGACACCCUCACUGCACCAUGGAGUCUGCAGCCACUCUGGCUGAGCUCCAGGCAGAGGCCAACUGCCCCAUCUGCCUGGAUUACCUGAGAGACCCAGUGACCAUUGAAUGUGGGCACACCUUCUGUCACUCCUGCAUCUACCAGCGCUGGGAAGAUCUACCGGGCACCUUUCCCUGUCCUGUCUGCCUCCAUCAUUGCCCUGAGAGGAAGUUGAAGAGGAACACCCAAUUACGUCACAUGAUUGAAAUUGUUAAACAGAUUCCCACCACAGGGAGCGAGAGGAAAUUGCAGGAAGAAAAACCCAGGUGUUGGAAGCAUGAUGAGGUUUUGACAUUUUUUUCUGACAGGGCCCAGGAGAUGUUAUGUCCUCAUUGCAAAGACUUCUUAAAGCACCAAGAUCAGUCCCUGAUACCCAUUGAGGAAGCUGCUGCUAGUUAUAGGAGGGACCUCAAAAGAUAUAUUGGGGCGCUGAUGGUAGAGGUUGAAGAUGCUGAAACAGAAUAUGAAAACCAAAUUGCAAAAACUUUUGAAGUGCAGGAAAAGAUGGAAAAGUGGAGGAAAGAAUUGCAGUAUGAAUGUAAAGAACUAAAGUGUUCCUUACAAGUUGAGCAUAAUGUAUGUAAUGCUGGUCUACUUAUAGAAGAGAAGAAUGUUGAAGAAAAGCUAACUGAAAAUGGAAGGCAAAUUUCAAACUGUAUGUUCAUACUAAAAAAGCUUUUAAGUGAAAUAGCAGAGAAGUAUUUGCAAGCAGAUGUAGAUUUACUCACAGGUAUUGAAAGGAUCCACAGCAGGUAUGAAAACCUAGAAAUCCCAGCAGUGUUUUCAUGUGAAUUAAAGAAGAAGGUUUUCACUCUCCCCGCACAUUAUUUGGGCCUGCAUAAAAUGAUCCGCACGUUUCAGGUAGAUUUGACACUGGAUCCUGAAACUGCCCAUCCAAGUCUCAUUAUCUCAAGAGAUAGAAAAAGUGUGACAUAUAAGACACCAGAUGGUUUUCCUAAUCCCCAGGCACACACUUCUUACCCAGCUGUCCUGAGUUCUGAGGGAUUUGAUGGUGGCAGGCAUUUUUGGCAGGUGGAAGUAAGAGGCACAGGUGAAUGGUCCUUAGGUGUGUGUAAAGAAUCUUUCCCCAGAAAUACUCUCAUAUCACCAUUGCCAAGCAAUGGAUGCUGGCGAUAUCAGCAGCAGGCUGGUAUAUUUGGCCUUUUCCCUAGAGGACAACAUAAGAUUGGCAUUUUCCUGGACUAUGAUUUGGGAGAGGUUUCAUUUUAUAAUUUGAAUAACAGGUCAUACUUGUAUGCAUUUACUGACAUAUUUACAGAGAAACUCAUGCCUUAUUUCUCCAUUUCAUCUUCUUCAAAAACUCUUACAAUUAGUAUCACCAGAGUCUAGUGAUGAAAAAUUUGGAAGAUAUUUUGCAUGUGCUUAUUUUUGUCCCUCUUUAUUGAAAGGAAUACUUAGAAUAAAGAUCCUGAUUCCAGUUUUGAAGUUUGAAUGUUGAAAGGUUUAAGGACUCUCCAUUCUCUCCCCCCUGACCUUUACCUGGGAAAUCUGAUGGGAAAGACCAGGUGCUCCAUCCUUGGGUGCAGGUGGGAAGUUCCAUUCAAGCAAGUUUCCAUCAGUGUGGGCAGGCUACCAGCAACAGCACACAGUAACCACCAUGAACCCCACAAGCUAGUCCCUUUUCUCUGGUCUCCCAGUCAUUUUGGGACCUAGUCUAAUAUCCACCUUUCUCUCUCCCAAACCUUACCAUGUGAGCAAUAAACUUUUCAUAAUCUUUUGGUAUGUAGUGAGUCAUCAUUAUUGUGAAUUGAAAUCAAUUUUGGAUGGCUUCCACCCUGCCUAUGCAAGCUGGUCACCACCAUUGACAUUGUGAGCAGGAUUUUCUCCUCCACUUUGUGUGGUAACACACCCGGUUCCCUAGGCAAGGGUGUCUUUGCAGUUUGUGAUGCAUUUGCUGAGUCCGGGAGGCUCUGUUGUAAUUGAACUGACCUAAGUCAGAAGUUUCUAUAAGAAUCACAUUCUAUUGACUAUUAUUUUCCAUGUAAUAUUUUUUGGAAUUCUAAUUGUCUUGCUUUUGUCUAAUGUUUUAUAAUAUUUUGUCUCAUGUUUUAUAGAAAUUUCAUCUGCAGGGCUGUGAAAAACCAGG